AUGGCACCAACUACAAAGCCUUCUUCGGCCCCAUACGACCCCUCCUUUACCGAUAAAGUUCUGAUUCUCGUCUUCAAAGGCGUUAACUGGCUUAUCCCAUGGCAUAAACUCCCUACAUAUAUAGGCGUCGCCAAUCUCGAUGCCUAUCGCAAAGAACUCCGUCACAAGAACCUCCAUGACGUCUACCCCGGGCCAGAUUACCAAGGGAAGUCCGGUUGCCCGCACAUGGAAACCACCGAGUACCUUUCGACGCGUAACUCGGAUGGCUUGUACAACGCGCUCGACCGACCGAAGAUGGGAUGCCUAGGAAUGCGGUUUGGAAGAAAUGUUCCAAGAGAGUUCACCAAGAAGCCGACGGUUGAAGAAAUGUUAACGCCGAACCCUAGGCUGGUGAGCAGAUCAUUGUUAGCCAGGGAUACGUUUAAGCCAGCAACGAUUUUGAACUUGCUAGCUGCGGCGUGGAUCCAGUUUCAAGUACACGAUUGGUUCAUGCACAAUAAUAGUGAAAGUGAAAAUUACAAUGUCCCUCUCCCCCAGGGUGACAAUUGGUCUAGCUCAUCAAUGAAGAUAGAAGCAACUCUCGCAGAUACACCACUCGAUAAGAAAGAUCAGGAAGCUCCCGCUUAUGCGAACAAGAAUACGCACUGGUGGGACGGUUCUCAAAUAUACGGCAAUACUGAAGCAAAGACGAAAGAACUCCGUGGCAACGCUAAGAACGGAAAGCUCUUAGUCGACGUCGAAAACAUGGAGACGUUUCUCCCACGGGACGAAAACGGCAUUCCCGUAACUGGAUUCCUCGCAAACUGGUGGAUCGGUCUUGAAAUGAUGCAUACCCUUUUCGUACUUGAGCAUAACGCUAUAUGUGAUGAGCUGACCCUACACAAUCCUGACUGGACUUCAGAACAGCUAUUCGACACCGCUCGGCUUGUCAACUGUGCAUUGAUGGCAAAGAUACACACCGUAGAAUGGACGCCCGCUAUCUUAGCCCACCCAACUCUCGACGUCGCCAUGCACGCUCAAUGGUGGGGAAUCCUCGGGGAGAAGCUUUACAAAAUGCUCGGGCGUGUCUCGAGCGGCGAGGAACUCAGCGGGAUCCCUGGAUCUGGCGCCGAGCAGCAUGGCGCACCCUACUCCCUGACUGAAGAAUUUGUCUCUGUGUACCGCCUCCACUCGCUCAUUCCAGACGACAUCGCAUUCUUCACCGCGGAAACCGGCGCCCAUAAGAAGACGUACUCAAUCGCCGAUGUUGCCUUCGAAAACGCGCGAAAGCCGAUGCAAGACUCGAAGCUGAAAUUCGAAGACCUGUUCUACUCCUUCGGAAUCAACUAUCCCGGGGCUGUGACUCUGAACAAUACGCCCCACUUUCUACGCGACCUACAUACACCCGAAGGCCGUCAUAUCGAUCUUGCAACUGUUGAUAUCUUACGAGAUCGUGAACGAGGUGUUCCGCGGUACAAUCAAUUCCGCCGGCUCUUCCAUCUCAAACCCGCAACGUCGUUCCUCAACUUGGCCGGCGGGAACAAAACCGUUGCGGAGAAACUAGGCAAGAUCUACGACGACGACAUCGAGAAAGUCGAUCUGCUAGUCGGUUGUCUUAGUGAGCCGCUGCCAAAGGGCUUCGGCUUCAGCGACACAGCGUUCCGGGUUUUCAUUCUCAUGGCGAGCCGGAGGUUGAAGAGUGAUCGGUUCAUCGCAACAGAGUGGAAUGAGGAUGUGUAUAGUAAGGUGGGUAUGAAAUGGGUGCAGGAUGGUGGGUUUAAAGAUAUUCUGGAGAGGCAUUUUCCGGUGUUGAAGGCGCCGUUAAAGGGGGUGAAGAAUCCGUUUGCGCCUUGGGAUAAGGUUGGCAGCUCGGCGGAGUAUAAGGGGAAGGAGACGAAUGCUUGA